UCGUCUAAAAGAGGCAGUCUGUCUGUGUGUCUGAUAACACAGUUGUAUAUUAUUUUUUUUCUUGGUGUCCGAAUAAAUUGUGAUAUAUUAAUACAAAAAGUGAUAUUAACUGUUGUUUCAUUGUUAAAAACAUUUUGGUUUGAUAAUUUACAGCUACAAAGUCAUCGUGUUCGUAUAUUUAUGGACUUCUAUUCUAGUUUCAUUUUCACCUGUAUAUGAAGUGACGGAGCAUCCUCUUAAUGUGAUAAAUUGCCAACGCUCAGAUAAUGAAUAAAUUUUGAGAACAAAAAGUGAAUUUUGUGAUGAUUUUGGUUUAUUUACAAUACUGUUCAUUAUUUUCGGUAAACAAAGCGACAUAACGUUGUCAUAAAUGUUAACGCGUGACGAACAAUGUUAGACAACGGAGAUUUAAUUAUGCUAACAUUACUUUUAGGGCCAGCUCAUUUUAACUUAAGGACAUAAAUAAACCGCAUCUGAUCUUAGUCUAUUUCGGAUUUAGUUUCAAUGCAUUGUAUGUGAGAGCUUAACAUUGACAUUAAAAUAUUCAAAUCUGAAGAGUUUGGUGCAACAAUGUUUCGUGGAGUAUUUAUGCUAAUCGUUGGCCUCAUCAACAUUAAAUAUAUUAAGGCAACAUGUCUUGAGAACCUUCCCGGAGUGAACGCAUCGAAAGUGGCCAUAAUGUGCCGGGGGUCCAGUGCAAGUGGUACGAUGGUUUAUAUAGACACGUCACUCGCCGGAACGACCACGCUGGAGACUGGCCUUCCCUGCACGUGCACCGUGACUACGCAAGUUGCCAAGACAACCAAGGUGUACUCCGACUUCAACGGUGUAGACAAGUCCUUAUGUGGUACAGCAGUAGAAUUCGCCAUUGAUUCGUUGGGACACAAAGUGGCCAACCCAUGCUACGACCACAUGUUCACGUUCUCCCCCACCCACUCCAAUAAGCUGUAUGUCAGUUUGCGUAAGGACAGCCCGCCGUACAUGUCUGAUUACUGCCUUCAGCUGGAACCAUUAGGAUGCGGCACUGGCAAGUUCCAAUGUGGUGAUGGGAGCUGCAUCAGCUCUACCUACGUGUGUGACGACUCACCAGACUGUGCUGACGAGUCGGAUGAACGCAGCUGUGACAUUCCAACGUGUGUAGAGGGACAAAUAUUAUGUCCCAGCAACAAAUACUGCAUGGCUCCAGAUGCACGCUGCAAUAACGUGACUAACUGCCCUGAUGAAUCAGAUGAGCAAAACUGUGACGGUUCUGUUUCUGGGACAGGCGGUGUAUCGUCAGAUUCAAUAGAACCGCUGGUGAUAGUUACUUGCGCGGAAAGUGAAUACCUGCCAACAACAACGACAACUACAACCACAACAACAACAACAACCCCGACGACAACAACUCCGACGACAACAACCCCGACGACAACAACUCCGACAACAACAAUCCCGACGACAACAACUCCGACGACAACAACUCCGACAACAACAACCCCGACGACAACAACUCCGACGACAACCACCCCAACAACAACAACCCCGACGACAACCACCCCAACAACAACAACCCCGACGACAACCACCCCAACAACAACAACAACUCCGACGACAACCACCCCAACAACAACAACUCCGACGACAACCACCCCAACAACAACAACUCCGACGACAACCACCCCAAAAACAACAACUCCGACGACAACCACCCCAACAACAACAACUCCGACGACAACCACCCCAAAAACAACAACUCCGACGACAACCACCCCAAAAACAACAACUCCGACGACAACCACCCCAACAACAACAACUCCGACGACAACCACCCCAACAACAACAACUCCGACGACAACCACCCCAAAAACAACAACUCCGACGACAACCACCCCAACAACAACAACUCCGACGACAACCACCCCAACAACAACAACAGCUCCAACGACAACAACCCCAACAAAUGAAAUGUCGUCUUCCACACCAUCAUCAUCUGCUACACAAACUUCAAGUUUAGUUACUUCUACAGUAAAGCCUACAAAUCCAACAUCCGCGUCACAGGCGAGUUCCAGCUCCGGACCGACGACACCUUUACCAAUAAAAACAUCAACAAAAUCUCCAACAACACGGCAGGGUACGGAAGUUUCAACCACAAAGUCAGGAGGCGGUCUCACAACGAAAGAAGCGGUGAUUGUAGGCUCCGUGUGCGGGUUUCUGUUUCUGAUUCUACUGUUUAGCUGUAUCAUCAUCUGGGUUCGCACCUCCGAUUGGUGAGUAUGGUUAGCACAAUGAGGGGGG